CAGUGGAAACCCCCGGUUUGUGUCGUUUUCACAAUUUGGAGUCUGACAUAUAUCAGAACGAUUUAAAUGGAUACAAAGGUGUAAAGGAUGUACACACUACUAUCUGGUUUGUGGAAGUACAUGUUCCAGAAGGAUGAGUAUUGCAUUCUGAUCCUGGGAUUGGACAAUGCAGGCAAAACUACCUUCUUGGAGCAGACAAAAACCAAGUUUAACCGUAACUACAAAGGAAUGAACUUAUCAAAGAUCACUACUACAGUUGGCUUAAACAUUGGCACCAUUGAUGUUGGAUCAGCACGUCUAAUGUUCUGGGAUCUUGGAGGACAGGAAGAACUGCAGUCAUUAUGGGACAAGUAUUAUGCAGAAUCCCAUGGAGUAAUAUAUGUAAUUGAUUCCACCGAUGAAGAGAGAUUGUCUGAGUCAAAAAUAGCUUUUGAAAAAAUGAUCACCACUGAAGUGCUUGAAGGGGUUCCAUUGUUGGUAUUGGCUAACAAACAGGAUAUAGAGACCUGCCUUUCAGUGGGAGACAUUAAAACAGCUUUUAGUGAUUGCGCUCCAAAAAUAGGAAAGAGAGACUGUUUGGUCCAGCCAUGCUCAGCGCUUACUGGACAAGGUGUAAAUGAUGGAAUUGAAUGGAUGGUCAAAUGUGUGAUUAGGAACAUUCACAGGCCACCAAGGCAAAAGGAUAUCACAUAAAGCCUUUCUUUCAGAUCUCAGACUGAACAUUAAAUCUCCUGUUUUAUCAGAGAUGCUGAAUUGUCGUUCAACUGAUUCAAUGGAUCUCCGACGUCUUGGGAAUAUGUCACCUGAAAAUAGUCUCAAACUCACAAUGCUCAAUAACUGUGAUAUCUUAUAGUCAGAAUUUGUAUUUGUAAACCACUAUAUUACUGCAGUACUACUUCCUCAGCAUUUGUAUUGCCUGCUUGUUUUGUGCAUUAGUAAAAUAUUUUAGUGCACAUAUUUAUUGUACCCCAUUGAUAAUUUUAGUGGAAAUACAAACUAUUGUUACAGUUUUAGAAAAGCUGUCCCUAAGCCUUCUAUCUUUUAUUUCUAAAUAAAAAUUAAGAAGUUCACUGAAUUAGCUGAAGAGUAGUGCAGACUAGCAAAAAGAACGGUUGGUGCUGGCUUUGAAUAGUAAGCUAGUCAUAGCUGAGGCAAUGAAAUGAGCAAGACAUUAAAUAGCACACCCAUAGACUAGUGAGGUUAAAAAAACAGCCAGGGUUCUGACACCUGAUUCCCAUCGAGCAAUCCUUUUUGAAAUGUACUUUUAUCAAUGCAGAAUGAGGAUAAAAUUGAAUUUGUUCUCCAAAAAUGUCCUACCACAGAUCUUUCAUGAAUAAUAGCCACUUAACAAAAUGCAACAACCUGUCAAACAAUACUCAAGAUCCAGUCGGCAGAGGUGGAAGAAAAUUCAAGAAAGGGUGAGUAUUUUUGAAUUAGUUUUAGACGUGAGAGAAGUAAGCAGUGGACUGACUUAAGUCAGAAUGCAAGAUAAUAUAUUACAGCUAACUGUGGUAUAAAUUCUAGCUUCAAAUGAGAAUAAUGUUGACAUGCCAUACUCAAAUGAUGAAAAGGUUCUUUACCAGGAAAGGUUCUAGGUUGUAUGCUGAGUGGCUGGAGGGGCAAUGCUAUUAAUUGUUCUAGAAAGCAAUGGAAUUUCCUGUGGCUUGUAAGGUUGCAAUAGAACGAUGCUGAUGUAUACAAUGGGAGUUUGGGAAAAAACUGGAAAUUUUCAUUUUUAUACACCACACUCCAUCAGUCUGUGAACCACAGAACCAGGUGCAAGCAGCCAGUAAUGCAGUGUGCACUUUUAUCUGGUGUGAUUCUUUGUUUUGCUGACUUGUAAAUGAUAAAUCUUGGAGAUAUAUAUUUUACAUCUGUAACUGUUCAAGUACAUUUGGUUGUAACAGUUUAAUGUUUGCAAUAGGUCCCUGCAAAAGGCACUUUCUUUCCAGCAUGGGGUCAGAACAAGGGUUGAGGUCAAUGUCUAAACACUUUAAUAAAUAUUUGUAAAAUGUAGAUUUUAUUUUGCUGUACUAUUUUUCCUUUAUUUUGGAAGUACUAAUCUAAAAAAAAGUCAUUGUAAACUAAUUUUGGUGGUCUAUUAUUCUAUUUCCUAUUUCAAAUAAAAAAUGUAUUAAAA